AUGAAGCUAGCAUUCCUGGUCUUCACCGUCGUACUGCUCGUUACCGUCCUACCUCGUUACGAAUGUAGACCUAUCGAAAACUCCGGCAUUGUUCAGGUAGCUUCUUCAGAUCCACAGUCUGAUCUACAGAAGCAAUCUCUUCCCAUUCUUUUGCGACUAGGAGAGGAGUACUUCUUUCGGCUCGGCAGCGCGAACCAGAACCCCCAAGUGUUCAUGCCCCCAGACGCGUCCUCGACAGAUGUCAAAAGGGCGCUGCAGCUACAGCUCACCCAACGUCUGUUGCGAGGAAAAGUUGGCAACAUCCGACGGUUCGUGAGCAGCAAUGCUGACCAGCUCGAGGACUCGAUGGAAAGAGGAAAGCGGACCGACGACCCCCCAAUUUCACUGGACCUGACGUUCCAUUUACUUCGAGAAGUACUAGAAAUGGCUCGAGCUGAACAGUUAGCUCAACAAGCACAUAGCAACCGAAAAAUGAUGGACAUCUUCGGCAAAUAAAUGGAACAAAUCCAUCUGCCAAAGGAUAUUUUAACAUUUUGCACAAAACACACAGUAUUCUAUACCACGCCUCUUUUUUUGCAUUAUUUGUCCAUCAGUUUAUUUAUUUUUAUAUUUAUUUUUAUAGCUUUAACCUGAAAUGAAGAAACAGACUUGCAACUGGUUUGAUAGUAAUCCGACUGUAUCAUAAAACAAAGGAAAUGUAAUUUGAACUUGUAUAACUUAUAAAAAUGCUACUCGAAGAGAGCUUCUACACAUCCAAUUUUUGUUUUCCUUGAAAACAUCGAUCUACCUUGAUUGUUUCGAAGUUCAACGAUUUCGGGAAGCCCUGGGCCAAUCAGAAAUCAAAGGUUUCUCAGAAAUUCAGUCUCAUUGUAAUAUAUUAACUUGAUUUUGACAAUAAACACAUUAUGAGCAACCAAUCAUUUCUGUUGUGUAAGAUAAUGUCUAAUAUUUAUAUAUUUUUGAAUAAAAGUCUUUCAAGUUC